GUACAAAGCUUGCGUAAAUGUGGCUUGCAAGGUUUACGCUGAAUUGAUUGCAAUCUGUUGUGAUAGGUGGGUGUCUUGCUAGACAGUGAGUUGGGAACAUGGGCAAUCAAAAGAAUUAGCUGGCUAGCUAGCUAGCUCAUUGAAUUUCUUAAUGAGGUGGUUCAUCCGACUCAAAUAGUUAACGUAGCUUGAAAAGCUGUCAAAUUUCGGAGUAUUACAUUGUAUUUUGAAUACCUCUCUAGGUUACUACAGGUUGCGGCAGUGAACAGAGAGUGCAUAUGUUUUUGUAUUGGAAAUGUGAUAAUAUAGCUAGCUUAUAACUCGUUGCAUUAGCUAACUAACUUGUCAGAUUGAAACCGAAGUCAUUCCUUGCCAUUUCCUGGAGGCACCUCUCUAAUGAGAAUCCAUGGAAAAAUCAAACCAAACCAAAGUGGUGCUGCUGGCAUGUGGUUCAUUUAACCCUGUCACCAACAUGCACCUGCGAAUGUUUGAACUGGCUCGGGACCACCUGCAGGACACAGGAAACUACCGAGUUAUUAAGGGAAUUAUAUCCCCUGUUGGUGAUGGCUAUAAGAAAAAGGGCUUGAUUGAAGCCUCACAUCGGAUUGAAAUGGCAAAACUUGCUACCGAGAGCUCUGAUUGGGUGACAGUGGGCCCAUGGGAGGGCCAGCAGGCUGAGUGGGUGGAGACUGCCAAAGUAAUCCGGCAUCACUAUGAGGAGCUCCUGGCUGCAGAGAGGAAUAAAGAUGAGGUGGACACUGUGAAGAUUGGCAAGAAGAGGAGGCAUGAAGACAGAGAUGGAUGGGCACACCAUGGGAGGACAGCUUCUGCUGUAGGUGUGCCCCAGCUGAAGCUGCUGUGUGGCGCGGAUGUCCUGGAGUCCUUCAGCGUACCCAACCUGUGGAAGGCAGAAGACAUCGCCGAGAUCGUGGGCCGCUUCGGCCUGGUGUGCAUCACAAGGGCGGGCAGCGACGCCUGGAAGUUUGUCCACCAGUCAGAUACCCUGUGGAGGCACCGCAAGAACAUCCACCUGGUGAAGGAGUGGGUGACCAACGAGAUCUCUGCCACCCACGUGCGCAGGGCCCUCCGGCGUGGCCAGAGCGUCCGGUACUUGCUGCCCGACCCCGUGGUGCAGUACAUCCGGGAGCAAGGCUUGUACACCGCCGAGAGUGAAGAGAAGAACGCCGACGUCGUCCUGGCUCCACUGCAGAAAUAUUCUGAGGGUUGCAACUGAAACGUGACCUUUUCAGCAGCCAAUAAAUGCAAAAAAAAAAAAAAAGCCUGAACGAAAAAAAUGAAUGUAGUGUGGUCCUUGCGUGGUAUAUAGGUAGUAGGGAGUGGCAACAGCAAUAAGCCAAUAAGCAUUUUGGUACACUUGUGUGGAAUCACUAUUUAUUUCCGAGACCUUAAUGAUGCACAUAUUUACUUAGGUUUUGGUCAUGUUGUGAAUGCUGGGAGAACAGUUACAAGAUGCCUAGUACUAGUCAGUCAGUCAGCCAUGAUGAAGCAGUGAACAAAUAGAUUAGCUAAUUUUAGCAAGCGGCUGUUUCUUUUUGUACAAACUGCCCUUAUAUAGUCUUUGUAGAGAACGUGUGCUGUGGCUGGAUUUCGAACCAAUAACCUCAGUUAAUGAAACCUAUAUUGCACUCCUUACUUGCAAAUGGUUAAUUUGCUAAAGUUUGGGUGUAAUAAAAUAGUAACAUAUUUUAUUAGCCUGAAAUUGAAGUAACAUUGAUUGAAUGUUUUUUUAAAUGUGAAAUUUUAAAGCCAAUUUUAGAGCAUUUUAGAAAUUGUCCUGUUAUUGAAGUGUGAAAAUGUGUUCGUUCCUAUAGAUACAUUUUUUUAGAGAAAUAAAUAGUUACUUGUGCACUACAA